UGAGUCUAUGCAACAUAAACGAUCGUGGAUUAUAUUCCCAAUUUUAAAAAGAGACACAACUUUGAACUGUGACCUUUUGACCUUUUAAGACUCGGGUUGUCCGCUUAUGCCGUGUCACAGUCAUUGCUGAAGUGUGAUUGGACAAGGACUCCUCAGCCGCUCUCUAAGCAUCUGCAUAGUUGGGCAGAGGCGUCAGACCCAGAUCAAGACUCAGCUGAGAUCGACCCUUAAAUCUCCAAAGUUUUGAGAUAUGGAGGGUUACAGAAUGAUGUUGCCCUUGCUUCUAUGUGUCGCCAUUUCAGCUUCAGCCUUCAGUCAGACAUGUGACCCAGUGAAUGUUCUGGACCCCCCUUUGGUCCAGGUGAGGGAGAUGCCCAUUGGCUGUUGGACCAGCUUCCUCAGUGAGGACAUGAGAGAGGUCCACAUUUUUAACCUGCACUUCUCUCAAUCACCUGUGAUCUUUAGUGUGCAUAUGGUAACUGCCAAGCCAAUGAACAUCAUCCUCAUGAUACAUUCAUCAGAAACCAGUUAUGUGGCAUGCAACUGUAACCCAAAUGUCACCAUCUAUGUGAACAACGACUCUUCAAUUAACCUGAUUGGUUUAGAACAAGAAAAUGCCCAAAAGCAACACUUGCCUAUUGAAAAUAAGGAGCUGGUCAAAUGGGCAACAGAGAAGUUUGGUGGUGUGACCUCAUUCACCACAAUCCGAAACCCCAGGAACAUCACCUCUACUGGACGAGAGGGAACCAAACCUGGAUCAAGUGAAUGCACUCUUGAAAAUGAAGAUCCAUUAGUGAAGCAUUUUUUGAAGUUUGAAGCAGCACCUUCAGCUUCUUCAUUCAAAUCGUGCUCCCUACAGCCUCAAACCCCCAGUGAUGAAAUGGAGCUCCACAUCAUCAACAUCCCUGAAAAUGCCAGCAUAAGCAAUGUAUCAGUUUAUUUGGAUACAGAGAAGGUUAUUGGUGUGUUCCUCAGAGGUCCUCAGGGUACCACAUGGAGUUUCCACAACCCAAGACAUGCAAAAUUUUGUUCUAAUAAUGAGAUCGUGCUCAGCGGCAUUGAACACAAGCUUCUGCCGGCAGUAACAAUGACCAGUGACAAUGCAGAAGAUGUGCAAAAGAAGGCCUUGGAUUAUUUCAAAGCCAAAACUUUCACCAUCUACACUGAAAUCAGACCAGAGGGUUCUAUGGUGUUAAUGGUACUUCGGAAAAGAGACUACCCUACAGUCACAGAACCAGUACAAAAACCAGUGAGCACAAUUGCCACCAGGGCCCCUCAACAAAUGCCCCUGUUGAUGCUGCUGUACACCUCCCCAGACUACCGUUUGCUCCUGAAGCCCAACACAACGGUGCAGAAUGACAAAAAAAUCUAUGCAGAGAUCUUAGGGGAUACUUUAGGGGAGCUUGUCCUAAUGAUCAAGGUAAUCCGCUGCUCUAUGCGCUCCAAAAGCUCAUGCCCAGUGGAGAAGGAGAUGCCUUUUGUCAGCCAGGACUGCUCCUCAAGAGUCUGCGCUAAUCGUGCCCGAGUCAUCUUCUCUUUGGACCAACUUCAGGAGUUAGGCUCUUCUACCUGGGAGCUGGAAUGUUUUGUGAAUCUUUGCUACAAUAAGAAUUGUAGCGAUGGAGGAAGUGUGAAAAGAAAUCUGGAGGUUACCCAGCCAUGUACAUCACCACCAUCUACCCCAUGUUUUGACUUUGGCCUACCUGCUGUGCUGGGUAUUGCAUUUGGGGGGUUCCUGAUUGGAGUACUGCUUAUUGGAGCCUUGUGGUUUAUCAAGAUCAAAACUGGGUAUCCAUCUGGACUUGACAUGAGCUCAACUGCAACAAAUCUUCCUGGAUGUCCCUGCUCUCUGACAAAACGACAACCUGUCUCCACUAACCCAUCUCCAUCAGAAAACAGUAGUGCCAAUGCCAGCAUCGGAAGCACCCAAAGCACACCAACCAGCAGCAUGGCAUGAGAUCAUUGUCAUUAUCAUCCCCACCACUAUCAGUGCUCCCACCACAAACUCCCUUGAAAGUCACUUCUAUGGGUAUUAUGCUUUGGAUUUUUCCUUGAUAAUGCUUAAGAAGCAUUGCCCCCCUUCCUCAGAAUCCAACAAAAGCACAAUUCUCAUCUGUGACCCACCAAGCCAAAAAUGGGUGUGAGCUGGGAAUGGUAGGGGAGAUGGGGAGGGAUGAGGGACAGCCAAAGUCACUGGCUUCUGACACUCACCUUUCUGGCUUCCUUGUAAAGCAAAGCUCCCUGACAGGAAGUUAAAGAGGGCAAGAGAAAAAAAUACAUUGGCUCCCAACAACAGGAAAAACAAAGCAUAUCCCUCAAGAACUAACAGGAAAUUCACGGCAUUCUUUUCAAUGAAUUGUGCUUGUUUGAUGGUAGCACAAUAAGAGAAAGUCAGGGGAAAAGCCAGUCAAAGAGUGACUUAUGAAAACAUUAGAAGAUUUGCAUUCACAUCCAUGCUAAAGAAUGUAAGGGGCUCUUGGUUAAGACAGUACAAUAAGUUCGGCAUUAUCAGCAGCAUCUUGGGGACUGAAAGGGUCACAAUUUUAGGGCCUUAAAUAAGUCAACAAAAUGUUAAUUUCCUGGUCCAGGGGCUAUAUGCUUAAUUGGAUUUAGAAAACAAUGGCUGAAGGCUACCUCCUAUUAUUUAGAAGUAUGAAGUUAGUUUAAAUUUAGGUUUCUUUGGUGAACUUUUUUUUUUUGGUUUCCUUUCCAUUACUUUUAAUCUGUUUCACUUUGGUUGCAUCAUAUAGCAAUGCUCCAGGUAAUUUUAAACUCUCAAGAGAAGUUUAUAACUACAUUUCCAGGGUAUCCAAUAGCUUUGUCAGGGAAAUUAUGUCAAAUAUUUUUUUAUGUGUGUUAGAAAUCAGAGAGAAAUAUAUAUUUUUUUCAUUAACAGCCAAAAAAACCCCAAAAAAACUUAAGUCAUUACAUCAACCUGAAGUAAUAAAUUAGGAUGCAUAAACAAAUGGGGUGGCUUAAUUCAUGUUAAGAAACUAAUUAUAGCUCUAUAUUACCAUUAUUAUUGUAACCUUAAAAUAAAAAGGACUUAGUACCAAAUGCUUAGAAAUUGGGAGUACUAAUUAAAUUGUUCUGGAAAUACCACUUAUUAACUAUAUACAGUGUGCCCUGCAUGCAAAAGGGCAAUUUUUAGUUAAUUUAAUUUUUGGCCCAUAAAAAAAUAUUGGGAAAAAAUUCAAUCUAAUUCUAUUUAAAAUUGCAAAAUGCAUGAGGGAUGAUUUGGAAGUACUCAUUUUUGAGAAUGAAUUUGUCUUACAAUAAUAAUUUUUCUGUACCCUUUAUUGUACUUCCUACAUUUAAGAAAGGAUAUCCUGCAUCAGCCACUGCAGUGCUAAGGCUGCAUACAGAAAAUACAGAAAAAGAUGUAUGACGAUACAUAAAGUAGGAAUAUAUGCAUUCACUUGUCUCUGUAAGUCAUUGUAAAUUGACGGUUGAGCCGUAACUAUGAACCCAUUCUUGGUUUAAAUAUACAGAUGUAAAUGUAUUCUAUAUUCUUUAUUGCCCGCCUCUCUUUUACCUCUGAAAAGAUUGUGACAACACACCAAACCAUUCGGUAUAAAUGGGCAGAAAUUCCUUCUGAAAAUUCAGUUACACAGCCAUAGCUCUGACAACUCUAGCACUGACUUUUUAUGAUUUUGAUAUAUUUGAUACACCUUUACUAUUUUGUAACCACACUCUAAUUAGUCAUCUGAGUCAUGUAGAUUUCUUGAAUAAUUUAUUCAUUUCAAAAUUUAGCAUCAAGCUGUUGAACACAUAAGCUUUUCUGAACCUACACUGCCUUUGUAAAAUGGCCAUGUUUCCUCAUUGUCAGUAUUUGAUCUAUGUGGCUUAUUUUUGCUCUCUCUCUCUCUCUCUCUCUCUCUCUCUCUCUCUCUCUCUCUCUCUCUCUCUCUCUCUCUCUCUCUCUCUCUCUCUCUCUCUCUCUCUCUCUCUC